CCCAAAUUUCGGUGCUCUCCACCCUCCACUUGGCCACGAUGAGUGGGCCACCUGUGAAAGUCCGAUACAAUGCUAAGGCUCGUGGAGCUGAACCGGGGACAUCUGGAAAACGGAUGAGGCACACAGCAAAAAAGGCCGCCCCGGUCAUUGACAAUGUUGAUCAGAGUGUUGAAAUCAAUUCAAGCUCCGCGCAAGGCCCUCCGUCGGAGAAUGCUUUAUCUGGGAAGGAAAGGCAUGAAGCUGAGUGGCAGAAACGAAAGGAAAAAAUGAGGACAGAGCUUGUCAACCCUAAUAAGAAGAUGUCAGGCAAGAAAAAGAAACUUCUGAACAAAUAUAUAGAGAAGAAAUUGAAGAAAGAGGAACGCCUAACGCUAUUCCAGAAACUCACUGAGACACAAGCCCAUGUUUCUCCACUGCUUCUUCAAUCUACAGCUACCCUUCACUCCGGACGACCACAGACUCAUGCUGAGAGGCUGGCGGUGAAAGAAGAUAGACAAGUCCGCCGCGCGAUAGAUGGGCACGGUUCCUCGCGCAAAAAACGCCGGAAACUUGCCUAUUCUGGGAUAUAUGAAGAACCAACCGAUGAGGAAGGGGAAGAACUACCAUUGGAGCCAACAUCAAGGGCUGACGUUCGACAAGCGGCAUCGCCGGUCCCAACAGCUUCAGCGCCGGGACCUCCACAGGGUCAGCGCUGUGUAUCCCCAUUGCACCCGUCAUCAGAUGCAGGGGCUGGAGUAGCCAAACUGAAACCACGGCAUGCGUCCGGGCCCAAGGUGGCCUUAGGAGCCGGCUUGAAGCGUAACGUGGACGGGACGGUCGUUGCCCCACGAGUUGUACCAAAAAAAUCGAAAGAAAAAUCGAAGGUUCGGCUGGCGGCGCUAAGGGGAAAGAAAUUGCCAUCCCCUCCCUCCGACGUUGACAUGCUAGGCUCCAGCGCUUCCUCCGAGAUUGGGAGCCAUGACAAGAGUCAUGACUCGACGGAGGAGGGCUCGGGGCACAUGUCCUCGAAUGAGGAUAGCAGUGAUGUUGACUCCUCCGAAGUAAGCUCCAAGGAUAGUGGAAGCGAGGAUGAGGGCGAGUCCCAACCAGCUCCCAGGCCAAAUUUCAAAGACUGGGCCAGACGCCAGAUGGAGACUGUCAAAUCGGCAGAUGCACCUUCCAACGAGGCUGUCCUACUCCCUGAUGGUUCGGUGCAGCUUGCUGAAAACCUGUUCGAACGACAAGCAGUCCCGCAACGGAGAUCAGCGGACGGGGCUGAUCAAGUUCCCAAGGGACCUCUAGGCGAGGAUCUGCAGCUGCCGCAAUCAUCAUUUGCCCAGGCAAUGACCACUCUGCCGCCAACCAAUGCCGACGCUUCGGGUCAGGCUGACACCAAGCCCGUAAUAAAAUAUGUUACCGUUGAACGCCCUGCGAGCAUACAAGCGCAACGGCUCCUGUUGCCAGUAGUCGCGGAGGAGCAGCCAAUCAUGGAAGCAGUGAGACUUAACCCAGUUGUGGUGAUAUGUGGAGAGACCGGUAGUGGGAAAACCACACAAGUCCCUCAAUUUUUGUACGAGGCCGGUUUUGGUGUUCCUGGUUCAGAAAACCCUGGAAUGAUAGGGGUGACGCAGCCGCGGCGUGUUGCCGCGGUGUCCAUGGCUGCCCGUGUCGCGCAAGAAUUAAAUCUGCCCCCCUCGCGCGUCUCCUAUCAGAUUCGCUAUGAUGCCACUGUUUCCCUCGCUACGUCCAUCAAAUUCAUGACGGAUGGUGUCCUUCUCCGAGAGUUGGCAACGGACCUCUUACUCACCAAGUAUUCGGUUAUCAUCAUCGACGAAGCCCAUGAGAGAAGUGUGAACACUGACAUUCUAGUUGGGGUCUUAAGUCGCGUGAUUAAGCUGAGGGAAGAGUUGUGGGCCAAAAAGGAGAAGGGGGCGAAGCCCCUUCGUCUCAUCAUUAUGUCUGCUACGCUUCGAGUAACAGAUUUCACUGAGAACACGACACUCUUCGCUAAACCCCCUCCCGUUAUCGAUAUUGCCGCUCGGCAACAUCCUGUAACUGUACAUUUCAACCGUCGUACAAACGGGGACUAUGUGGCAGAAGCCGUACGCAAAGCAUCGAAGAUUCAUGCGCGGCUUCCCCCAGGAGGCAUCUUGAUCUUUCUCACUGGACAGAACGAAAUUAAUGGAGUUUGCGCCAAGUUGGAGAAGUUAUAUGGAAAGAAGGCGCUAGGUGCUAAACGCAAGAACAAGGCUCAGAGGGAGCGGGACAGAGUCACUUCUGCCGCAGGGGGGGCUGAUAUUGAUAUGAGUCACGGUCAGCCCGAUCAGACUAAGAUAGAGAUCGAACUAGAGGACAUUGAGGAAGCGGGAAAUAAUGUUGACCAAGUGGGACUUGUUGACGAGGGUGAGGGUGAAGAAGACCCCGAUGCCCUUGACUCGCAAGAUGAAUUGGAUAUUGAUGAGCCUUCAGACGAACCCAUGCAUAUCGUCCCGUUGUACUCUAUAUUGUCCAGCGAGAAGCAGAUGAAGGUGUUUGAACCUCCACCUGAGGGCUCACGCCUCGUAGUGGUCGCCACCAAUGUCGCCGAGACAUCUCUCACAAUUCCGAAUAUUCGAUACGUCGUGGAUUGUGGACGUGCCAAACAGCGUCGGCAUGAUAUUCACAGCGGUGUCGAAAGCUUUCAAGUUAGCUUCAUAUCAAAGGCUUCUGCUGCUCAACGGGCUGGACGUGCUGGUCGUGUAGGGCCAGGUCAUUGUUACCGCCUAUAUUCUUCAGCUCUCUACGAGAAUCACUUCGAGCAAUUUGCUCAGCCGGAGAUUCUUAACGUUCCAAUUGAAGGCCUGGUGCUUCAAAUGAAGAGCAUGCAUAUUGAUGCAGUUGCCAAUUUCCCCUUCCCAACACCCCCUAACCGCCUACAUCUUCAGAAAGCUGAGACUAUCCUCACGCAUCUCGGCGCACUGGACUCCGGCGCGAAAGCGUUACCAUGGUCCCCAUAUUCGGCCAUUGGUGGGCAAAUUACUGAUCUAGGCAGGACUAUGUCUCUCUUUCCGGUUUCGCCUCGUUUCUCGAAAAUUCUCGCUUUGGGGAGGCAACAUGGGACUUUGCCGUACGCUAUUGCCCUUGUGGCUAUUAUGUCAAUUGGGAGUCCGUUCCUGCAUGAGGAUGCACUGGACAUGGACGACGGCGAUGACGACAAUGAAGUUGAUGGAAAUGAUGCUGAAACUCACAACCUUAGCGAGAUUCGUAGUGAAGACCUGCUAGCGAAGGAAAAGAGAAGGAUAAAAAGAAAACGAUUCUUUCAGGCGCAGCAGGCGCAUUCGCAGCUGGGGGUUGGUACCAGCGAUUUCUUCAGCAGCUUAUCUGUCGUAGGCGCAUACGAAUAUGCGGGCGGUGGGACAGCUUUUUGUGCAGAGCAUUUUGUAAGGCUUAAGGCUAUGGAAGAGAUCCAUAAACUCAGGGCUCAACUAAGUAGCAUUGUAGAGUCAAGCUUCCCCAAGAUAAACGCCGAUUUCUCCCCCACUCUACCCCCACCAUCUGUCUCUCAGCUUAAGAUUCUAAGGCAGCUGAUUGUCGCGGGACUUAUCGACCAUGUGGCAGUGCGAAAGGAUCUGGCAAUGAAAGAUUCAGGGGUUAAGUAUGCCAAUGCGAGGAACGUUCCUUACAUGACUCUAGACGUGGAUGAGGAUAUCUUUAUUCAUCCCUCUUCCAUCCUUUUCGGUGGGCCCCCACCUGAAUACGUGGUCUACCAAGAUAUUGUUCGGACAAAACGUGUGUGGAUGAAAUCCCUGACGGUCGUAAAUCCCGCAUGGCUAGCAACGCUGGGACGCUCUUUGUGCACCUUCUCAAAACCCAAGGAGGUUCCUGCAACUUUGAAAGCAGGGACGGGGGACGUUGUGAUCCCCAGUUAUGGCGGCAAAUUCAAACUCCCACCCAUGAAAAUAUAAAACUUGCGAUACAAGAUGUCAUUAUGAGCGGACUGCAUGAACAACAUUAUAGGGUUGGACUUGGGGAGUGUUGGGUACUGUUCAAGGAACGUGGUGGUGUGAUGCA